GCCAUCAGCCACGCCCCUGCGCCAUCCACCACAACAAACAUUAAGCCGAAGGGACAAGCUAAAUUGAAAUUUUAGCCUAAGCCAAGUAGAUUUUGGUUGAUUAUUUGUUUCCAACGGUGCACCUUGACCCUAGACUAUGGAAGUAGAGGGUGUUGAAAGUCUUUUAUCGGAGGCAGUGAGAGAACUGAAUGAAGAGAUUGGUUCGCAUGUUGAUAAGGCACGAGAAGCUUACCAGCAAUACACAUCAGAAAAACAUGAAAUCGAACAAAUGUUGGACGUCGCAAGUAGUGCCGCAAGGGUUACCGCCGCAGUCCAUGAGGUAGAAUCUGUUUCUUCACAAAUUGCCACUGUUGUAGAGCAGUAUGACACUUUGAGUGUGCACAGAAAGGGUCAAUUAGAGGAGCAGCUGCAAACUCAGGUUGAGAGGGUUGGUCAAUUAGAGGCAGCUGUGGCCUAUCUAAAACGAAUCCAAGAACUGGAAGCCAUAAGCAAUCAAUUGGAAGCUAAUUUUCAUCAUGAAAGACAGGCUGUAGAGCGGCUCGGAAAAUUGGCACAAAUGGCAGCAGCUCUUUCUGGCAGCAACUGCCACCAUCUUACAAGUUUUUAUGCCGAGACUCAAGGAUAUUGGCAUACUUUAAUCAGAGAAAAACUUUCUACGGAGUUCGAUGAUAUUUUGAAGGAGAUCAAGUGGCCGAUGGUGGCUGACAUCACCGCAACCCCUUCACCAGAUAGCCUGGCGCGGUUUGAUUCUUUGGUUGAGCUUCUUUUGCUGCUGGAAAUGACUGAAGGCCAUGAGGUACCUAAAAGUCGAUCAGCUCUCUUGUCAGACUUUCUUCCUCCUCCACUUCCUCUUCAAUUGAUGGUGAGGCCACUUCGAAGACGCUUCUUGUACCACUUCUCAGGCUCAAGACAGACAAAUCGACUUGACAAGCCGGAGUGGUUUAUGGCACAAGUCCUAGCAUGGAUACGAGAGCAUGUAACAUUUUUAUCUCAGAGGGUUCAGCCUGUGCUGGACAAGGUGAAAGGAGACGAGGCGCCAUCAGCUCAAAUUGAGUUUUCAAGGGCUUUGGUCCAGCUAGUUUUGGAAAAGCUCCAUUCAGAGCUGUCUAUUUUGGAGCAGGACGACGCUUUGUUUGCCCACGCACUUGACGAAACGCUUUCUUUUGACAAGGAGCUCAGAUCAGGACUAGGGUAUCCCAUUAGUCAACCUGGAGUAGUCGGAGUCUUGACCCAAGCUCCUGUUUUUGUCAAAUGGAUAGCGAUGGAAAAAAAAUAUGCUGGCGAAAGAAUGGACAGAAUGCUCUGUUCAGAGACAGCUUGGCAGGCUCUUGCCUCUCAAGAAGAACAACUCAAAGUUACGGAAUGCGCUGAUGCAUUUAUCGCCCUUUUGGCAACAAUGACUGAUAGAUUUCGCCACCUCCCUCAACCUGGCCACAGACUUCAGUUUGUGGAGCUGCAGCUUGAGUUGAUUGAAGAAUGGCGUGUUAGGCUAGUCCAAAUUUUGAGGGAAGAGCGGCUGCUGCCAUUAGCUUCUCGUUUGCCAGCCAUAUUAAAUUCAGUCUGCUACGUUGCUGCAGUUUUAAGGGAAUGGGCAGAGCAGCCGCUGCUUCUACAGCUUCAAUUGUAUAGGCAAGGCCAUGUGCAGGGCUGUGUGUUUGACGAUGCACUGCAACUCCUAGAGAGCCUAUCUGAAGAACUGCUUGAAACAUUGACGGAAUCUGUGUUACUCGACGUCAAAGCCAAGAGCAGGGAAUACAGAAAAGACAAGUGGUUCUGCAUGACCAGCGAUGAAAACACUUUGACACCAUCGGCCUGUGAAAUGAUGCAGAUUCUCUCUGCUCGGUUAUUGCAACUUAAAGAAUUAUUGGCUGAGAGCUCAUUCAACAAAGCUUGGCACUCACUCGCCACUCACUUAUCCCAAUUUUUAAUGGAAGAACUGGUGCUUGAGAACUGGUUCAGCUCAGGGGGUGGAUGUCAAUUCCAAUACGACCUCAUUCACGGCCUAUUUCCUUUGUUCGGCCAGUUCAUGGCCAGGCCCGACAAUCUUUUCAAGCCGUUGAAAGAAGCGUGCAUAUUGUUAACCCUUGCGUCCGGCUCUGCCAAGCUGCUGGCUGAGGUCUUGAGGGACGAAGUUGACCCCACAGAUGCUCUUGCUGAGUUGGGAUUGCACAGACUGAAUCCACAAGAAGCUAGAGAAAUCCUCUCCCGGAGAAAUGACAUCAGUGCUUCUGAUCUGUGAUGCUAAUAUGUAAGCACGAAAAGCUUUUUUAAUUACAUUUCCCCCCAAAAUUUCACAAAAUAAAAUGAGCAACUUCACGAGAACUUUUUUUCAAUAAAGAAAGAAGAAACAGAAAGCAGUGUUUUACUGGAAGAAAAAAUUGUGAUUACCUAUUUAUCUUCUACUGCUCAAAACUGUUUCACUCCUUCUUGUCAUCCACACACCAGGCCCAAAAUAGAAGGUCACUCUACCAAUACUAUUUUUAAACAAUAUUUAACAUUUGAAAACUUAAUGAUUAAAUAAAUUACUUGAAUUGUAUCAAACA